AUGUCACGCCUGUGGUGGUCACUGCUCCUUUGCGUUUCUGUGGUAGCUGCAACCCCUUGUGGGCGCAAAGAUCUUAGGUGUCUUCUGACUGAUCCUGCUCGACAAUGGGCUGCGAACACUACUGUGUCCUUUCCUGGCUCCGAUGAAUUUCAGCUUGCUACUGAGCGAUGGACUGUGUUUAGUCCUCCUACCUAUAGUGCAGCUAUCAGUCCAGGAACCACUGAAGAUGUCGUCAAAGCGGUGCAAUUGAUGACGUCGCAUCGGAUCCCAUUCCUUGUCCGGGGAGCUGGUCACGCCUAUACCAUCACUCCUGGGACGUUCAAGGGCGGCCUUGCAAUCGACCUGAGCCAUCAAACGUCAGUUGAGAUAGACUCAGCCGCCGAGACAAUUACUGUUGGCCCCGGCGUCACUAUCGCCGAGAUAUUUGACCCGUUAUACGAUGCUGGGUUCGAGCUGCAGACCGGAACUGCUUCCUGCCCCAGUUUGAUAGGCCUCAGCCUCGGAGGUGGCGUGGGACGACAACAAGGUCAACACGGUCUGGUUCUGGACGCCAUGGUGUCCCUUCGGGUCAUCACUGCCAGCGGAGACCAGGUUGAAGUUUCGAAAAACUCCCACCCGGAUCUGUUCUGGGCCUUCAGGGGCGCCGGCGCCAACUUUGGCGUCGUCACCUCUGCCACGUACAGUGUCAGGCCAUUGACCAACAAGGGCAAUGUCCUCAACGUCGAGUUCUUCUUCACCCCCGACCAGGUUCCAGCCUACUUCGAGGUUGUUGAAUCAUUGAACGGGAAAAUCCCUGCCAAUAUGGCCGCCAUGAACAUUAUACAGUUCAAUCCAGAGUACAACAUUACGCAACUCAUCUCUGGGUGGACAUACUUUGGGCCAGAGGACGAGGGACUGAAGUUCCUCGAGCCUAUACUUGCUCUUAGUACACCCGUAUCGCAGUCUCAAGUACCGUGGAAUCGACUUGUUGCGACAGCAGGAGGCGGGGUUGACCAGCUGAUUUGCCAACCCAACACCAUCCGCGAUCUCUACAAUGUAAACCUAAAGAACUACUCGGCGGCCACAUUUCAGCAGGUUUUCACCAAGAUGGCAGACUUUUACGAGAACCACCCAGGUGGUCGAAACAGCAUCGUCGGGAUAGAGCUGUUUCCGAACCAGGCGAUGGCGGCUGUUCCUUUGGAUGAAACUGCGUUUCCUUGGAGAGACGCGACAGGCUAUAUCUAUGCCACGUUCAUAUGGGGCCCGGGAGACUCUAAUACCGAAUCGGCCGCUAGGUCUCUUGGUCCUGAGCUGCGGAACGACCUUGCAGCUACUUCUGGGUAUGAUAGCCUCACCGUUUUCGUCAAUUACGCCCGUGGCGAUGAGCCUCUCGAAAGCGUCUAUGGGGCAGAUAAACUACCACGUCUGGUGGAUUUGAAGAGGACCUGGGACCCAGACAAUGUUUUUAGGUACAACAACGGGCUGAUCAGAGGCUACUAG